UUACAAAGAUGAAUCCAAAAUAUUCUUUUAUUGUUGAAGUGAGCUUCUUUGAGUUGGAAAAUCUCUAUAUAUACUCACUCCAACUCUCUCCAUCUCUUCCUAUUUAUCUAUCACUCAAGAAGAAAGAAAACCCAAAGCGUCGGAAACCAUAGCUUAUCUCACAUUGUAUCUAAAGUUAGAACAAAAACAUGGGUUUCCCAGUAGCCUACUCCGAGCUUCUUCUUCCAAGAUUGCUUCUCCACACGCUUUCUCUCCUUGCUUACCUUCGCAAAUUCAUUUCCACUCUCUUCCUCUAUUUGGGUCUCCCCGAUUUCCUCGAACCCGACAUUCCUUGGGGCGAAUACGCCCCUGAAACCCACCACGCUUCCGCCGCCCCCGUAUCUGCUCUCCUCAUCCGGGAACUCCUACCCGUCGUCAAGUUCUCCGACCUCGUUGACCCGCCGGAGAGCUGCGCCGUGUGCUUAUACGACUUCGAAGGGCAGGAUGAGAUCAGGCGGCUGACCAACUGCCGCCAUAUUUUCCAUCGGAGCUGUUUAGACCGUUGGAUGGGGUAUGAUCAGAAAACAUGUCCGCUUUGUAGAACAAGUUUUGUUCCUGAUGAUAUGCAACAAACGUUUAAUGAGAGGCUGUGGGCUGCCUCUGGGAUCCCUGAAGUCUUUGGUGAUUAUUCUCAAAUUACUGCUUUGUAGUUAUACCUGUCUGCUUCCCAACAAAAAAAAAAAUGAAGCUUUUUUGUUUAUCACCUUUUUAAGGAGUUGGUUUGUAUAUAUACAUGAAAAUCCGGGAAAUUACCGCAAUGAAGAAAAAAAAAAAAGAAGGAAAAGAAAAUUUUAGCUAUUCAACGCAGAGUUGUUGUAUUUUUGCAAACUACUUUAUUUUUUGGAAUGGAUUUUGAUAGUUGUGCUU